UAGGGGUAAGUUUAGUAUGAUAGGUUUGUAUUUUGAUACGUGACCCAUCUCGGGUCCCGACCCUAACUGAUCGUUGUUUUGUUCGACAGGUGAUGGGGUCGAAAAAACCCGAGAUGGAGGACCCUCAAGAAAGGAUUGGGGCCGAGAAGUUUGUGGAUUUGCUCAGCAUACGAGACUGGGAGCGGGACAACAUGCCCAAGGUUGAGAUCGGUUUCUUCGACAGUAACCAUGUCUCUAGCUUCCUUAGUAAGUUUGAGCAGAUAGCGGUCCAGUGUGAGUGGAAUGAGGAGCAAAUGUUGAAGGAGGUCAUAAGGUAUAUCCAUGUUGACCUACAGGAGGAUGUCGGUGGAGUCAUCAGAAAAGCAGGGUUAUCAUGGAAGAAGUUUUAUAAUGGCAUGAGGAAUAAGUACCGACUGGGAGAGGAACAGUUGACCAGAGAGGACCUCGAGAAGAUGGAUCGAUAUGACUACAAGUCAGCGAGGCAUUUUCUGGUGGAGUACGAGCGCGCUUCCCACAAGGUUUGGGGACUUUCUGAACAUGACAAGUGUUUUUUCUUCCUUAUGCAUUUUACGGGUGAGGAGCAGCGAGACCUGAUCCGCUGGACGGGAGGACUUAUAUGGGAUAAGAUACGAGAGAAUUUUGUGGGAGAAGAUUUUGAUCAGUACCUUUGCCACAUCCUACGCGAAGCCAGAAGAAGGAAGGCGUUAAGAGACUGUGAAAGGGAUGAGGCUGUCAAGAGGACAGAUGGAUUGGCGGCUGACACCUCUGAAGGCAUGGGAGAUGAGCCUCGGAAGCAUGGUAAGGCGAGUGAGCGGAAUCAUAGGCGGGGUGAAGGGAGAAAACGUGAGUCACCUGCCAAGAAAGGAGAUGUGCAGAAGAAGGCAAAGAAUGUUGUGAUCCCUACCUGCGAGAGGACGACUGACAUUCCAAGCAGGAAAGGGCAAAAAAAGCGAGAAAGCCAGGAAGAAGCUGGGGUAGCCCAACCUCCCGCUGCACCCGAUCCUAGGGGAGAAAGUGGGGAUAAGAAGAUGGUACCGGCGUCUAGUUGGGCAAGCCAGAAAAAGAACGGUGCAGCGGGAGGUACAGCGGACGGCGCAGCGGAAGGCAUGGCGGAUAGUGCAGCGGGCGGUGCAGAUACCCAAGGCCCUAGCCCGGUAGGCACGCCGUUGAACUGUCCGGGUACGAAUCCGUGUCGGAACCCAGGUGAUGGAACUUGAUGAGUAAAGCCAAACAUUCUGG